AUUCGAUCAGAAAUCAGCUGAUUACAAGGUUGUAGUUAGUCGCGCGAUGGUGCUUCUCUUGCAAACGACAAAGUUUCCGGUGUUGGUCUAUCGUGGUCUGCUCCUCUUUUUUCUGGGCAUAUGUUUUUGUUGGGUUUCCGAAGCACUACACAACAUAAAGGGAGAAUUUACGGCUUCUAAGAUUUCUUUUUACACAGAAAGUGCUGCGAAAUUUUGGAUAUCUUUCUGUUGUGGCGUUGCCUCAGUCACAGUAGGGCUUUUAUCUCCAUGUGUUGACUCUAAACUGGGUGCUUUCGAUGCUUAUAAUAAGGAGUGGUCAUCGGUUCUGCGGUGUGCUGCUCUGUUCUUCGGUUUUAGCCAUGCAACCGCUAGAAUAGAUUUCGCCACAUACUCACAGCUAUCACUAACAGCAAUUGGACUAUCUAUUGCACUGUGGUGGGUGUUUGACAGGUCUCUUGUUGGAUUUGUCUUUGGAAUGGCAGUGGCAUUGCUUGCUACAUUUAUUUUUCAAUCAUUUGUUUGGAAGCAGCUCUACAGAUAUUCUCACCCGAUGAUGGCUGCUUGGUUGCCUUGUCUUUUCUUCUCGGGUGGUGUCGUUAUUGUCCUGGUUGGCCGACAAUUAGCGAAACCUGAUGUUAUGGAGCUGAUGCAAAGGAAAGUCAAAUAAUUUCCAAUCUUCAAAUUCCAUACCAAUCAUAAACUUCCUUUCCAAACCACUGUACAUAAAGUUCAAACAUGUAUAGAAAAAAUUAUUUCUUCCGUAUGCAUUUUAUAUACCCAUAAGCUUAAUAUAACCUCAUGACGUUUUUGGGUUUCUUUGUUUGUACUCUGAAUGCAGUUUAUUUUAUCAUUAACAUCAAAUAUACCUCAGUUUACAAAUGUAAGUCGCAGUUUUGAACUGUGUUAUAUCCAACGUCUAAGAAAUAUAUUUACUGAUCUGUUCCUAUAUGUUUUAAUAAAGUUUUGUUAGUUUCUGCAUCUUAUGUAACUCAGUCCGUUGUGCCCUAAUCCAGUAUAUCCAAGUAAAACCCCUUCUUGAGAACUCUUUUUGUCUUCAUUAACCCGAAUCUCAUGAAAGUUGAUGUCAAGAUCUCACAUAAAAUUACGAUUUACAAUAAGCUUAUGUAGAUUUCCCUCAGAUUCACCCCUAUUUUCUUCAUAUAUAUCUGAUUGUCAGUACUUCACUAGUAAAUAUACGGCCUAUUAACCCUUGUUUAUUGUUCACAUGUUUUCAAAGAUCCGAUUUCCCCUGUUGAGCUCUUAGCAUUUGUCCAAGUAGUUUAUCAUCGUUAAGCAGUCGGGAAAUAAUGUAAUCCUAAGUUGAGUUAGUUAAGUCGUGAUAUCCGAAUUUUAAUGCAAUAGCUUUAAGUAUUAUUUGUCUCAGUGGGAGGGGGGACGAUAUCAUAUGUUAACACUGAAGUAUUGUUAGGGAUACUAAAUCCUAAUAUAAAACUCACAUUCUAAGAUAUAAUGGGGGAAGUAUAUCUGUGCAUUUCAGCUUCUGCUUUUAAGAGAAGCUUAACAGUCUCUCUACGGACGUAGUACAAACUAUUUGGACAUCCUUGAUUGCAUCAUCACCCCUCAAUUAACGCAAACCAGUUACUUGUAUGUGAUAUUUUAGAUUAAAGGUUAAGUAGGUGGAGUAUAAAAUCCUGAACAUGCUUCUGUCAAAACAUUGUAAUGCUUUCUGAAGUAGCCAAGUCUAGUGAAUACUGUAUAAAAAUAAAGUCAAAUGAUUUCGCUUUCGAAUUUCCACGUCAGCUUAUCGAUGUUUGAGAGCUCUUACUAAAAUGAGUCGUGUUAUUCUCAUCACGCUAUGCUCAUUUAGUUAUUUAAACACAUAAACAUUGGUACAAAGGGGAACCGAAUACAUCUGCGACACACAAGUCACUUGAUUUGUGUAUGGGCUAUGAUACUGCCCAGGUACCCGAACCGAAGCAGGUGGUUUCCUUAGGGCACCACACCCCGAGCCUUUGACCUGAAGGUCUAAUCCACAAGACAGUGGAGUAACGUAAAGAGAUGCAGUCCGAUGGUAGUCGGUGACCAACAAUAGGUUCACAUGCUAUUUGUUCCUUCAGGAUCCUGGAGCUCAUUUGCACCAUUGGUUUGGAAUCAGGGUUUACCAAAUCCCCUAGAUGGAUUCACCAGCCCGGUUAAAGCGCCAGACAUUUGCUUUUUGUCCUGUCAAUUUGGUAAACAACAUCCCCUCCACGAGAAGGUAGUGAGUAAGACCUCCCUGGCAGUGGUUGCAUGCACGUGGCCAUAUGAGAGUUAUGACUUGACGUCCGUUUUCCAAAAUGCAUUGGCGUGCUGAUAAAUUAAGAGAAAAAAGCAAGCUCAUAUGUCCGCAUUUCAUUAAUCUAGGUAUGUCAACGAACUAAUUGGCUUGAAGUAAACUCCACAUUUUCUGGUAAUAUAAGCGUAUCGUAGUCAGUAAUCGCGGUCAUAUUUUUGUCUAUCAUGACCCACUGCAUUAUAGUUUACACGUCCAUAGCAUAAUGGACUGGUAUUUCCAUCGCAGGAAACUACAGAACGAAAUACGCUUUCGAUCAUGGAUUACAACAGGGUAAAUAAUAAUUCCCGCUUCAUUUUCGUUGGUUACCAGGUGCGAGGAACAAAUUACGGACGUAAGUGGAGUUUAUUCUCACUCAAUAAAUCAGAUUACAGCGCGAAGCUCAUUCUUUGACGAUAGCUGAUCCCGAUCCGUGGCCUAAAACGUAACAAUUCGUUAACUUAGAGCUGCUUAUCCACUAUGAUUAUAUCAAUUUUUUAAUGAUAUAUCAUUUCCUAACCAAACACUUUUAUGGUUAGCUAAAAAAUAUUUCAAGGUCGCCUAUACAUUUUACCUUCACCUAUUGGUUUUAUAUUCCAGUAUAAAAUCGGUUUUAUUCUCAAUUUCCAAUUGUAAUCAGUACAAUAUCGAGAUUAUAUUUUCCAAUGUAGCAUUAUUUCAGGUCAAUAUUAAUCAAGUGUAAAUUUUACUUAGGUGUGAACUUUCUCAAGUUAUAACGAUUAUACUCUCUUUAGUUUGAGCACACUUCGUAUGUUUAUUACAACAACCUUGUUUAUCUUUCCAUGUAUAUAAUAUUUAUUAAUUAAUAAUCAAUGAUGUCUAAAAUCGGUACAUAAAUAAGUGUAUUCGAUUUAACGGUGCCAUGUUUUUUGGAAAAUCAAUAAAUCGUCAUCUUUUAUUACC